CAUUCGAGCAACUUGAUGACGGACUCACACACCCAGCGGAUGUACCCUACCCUGGUCGUCCACAGCUCAGCCAACUUUUUUCUUCCUCUGUGAACGUUUGGAACACGGCGGUGCAUUGUCAGCUCCCAGAGAAAGAGUUUCACUGACAAACUCGACGGUUUUUCCAACACAAACACCUUCCCAGCCAUCAUGUCUUUGUUUACGAGUUCCAAGCUUCCCUAACGUCCCUUCACCCCACCUCUCUAUUCCAUUACCAACACCCCACCCUCCCAUGAUCUCUGGUCGUGAUGAGCACCCUGCACCACCAGCAUCAUGGUAGCACCGGCUCGGAGCGCGACCUCAACUCGGCCGCUUCCUCCGUCAGCCUGCCCUCCAUCAGGAAGACCCCCAAGAAGCGGCGCCUCUCACUACAGGCGCUCUUCGGCCGGCGGCGGCGGUCCGAACGCGACGGCAAGUGCAAGUCCAGGGUGGCGCUGGAUCCGCCCGGCCCCGUCAGCGUGGACAGCGUCCCGGCGGAGGCUUCCGUCGAGGGGACGUCGGCGCAAUCCGUCCAGGGGGCGGCGUCGACAUCCUCGGCGGCGGGGUCCUCGGAGCUGCUGGAGUGCCCGCUGUGCCUGCUGCGCCACGCGCGCGACCGCUUCCCCGACAUCAUGACGUGCCACCACCGCUCGUGUGCCGACUGCCUGCGCCAGUACCUGCGCAUCGAGAUCACUGAGUCGCGCGUCAACAUCUGCUGCCCCGAGUGCUCGGAGCGUUUCAAUCCGCACGACAUCGCCAUGAUCCUGGCCGACCGCGCCCUCAUGGAGAAGUACGAAGAGUUUAUGCUGCGCAGAUGGCUGGUGGCCGAGCCCGACUGCCGCUGGUGCCCAGCUCCUGACUGCGGUUAUGCCGUCAUCGCAUUCGGCUGCGCCAGCUGCCCGAAGAUCACGUGCGGCCGCGAGGGCUGCGGCACGGAGUUCUGCUACCACUGCAAGCAGCUGUGGCAUCCCAACCAGACGUGCGAUACAGCGCGCCAGCAGCGGGCGCAGCACUUCCGCCUGCGCAGUUUUCGGUCCUCGUCGCUCAGUUACAGCCAGGAGAGCGGUGCGGCGGGUGACGACAUCAAGCCGUGCCCGCGCUGCGCCGCCUGCAUCAUCAAGAUGAACGACGGCAGCUGCAAUCACAUGACCUGCGCCGUCUGCGGCUGUGAGUUCUGCUGGCUCUGCAUGAAGGAGAUCUCUGACCUGCACUAUCUCAGUCCAUCCGGUUGUACUUUUUGGGGCAAGAAGCCGUGGAGCAGAAAGAAGAAGAUCCUCUGGCAGCUGGGCACCUUAGUGGGUGCGCCCGUGGGCAUCGCCCUCAUCGCGGGCAUCGCUUUCCCCGCGAUGAUCAUCGGCAUCCCGGUUUACGUGGGCAGGAAGAUCCAUAAUCGCUACGAGGGCAAAGACGUCUCCAAGCACAAGAGGAACUUGGUGAUUGCGGGUGGCGUGACGCUGUCUGUCAUCGUCUCGCCCGCAGUAGCAGCCGUCACUGUCGGUAUUGGCGUGCCUAUCAUGCUGGCUUAUGUCUACGGCGUGGUGCCCAUCUCGCUCUGCCGCAGCGGCGGCUGCGGAGUGUCGGCGGGAAACGGCAAAGGGGUGCGCAUCGAGUUCGACGACGAGAACGACAACUUGGGCGGCGCCGCCGUGGCUACAGACACGACGUCGGUGGCCGAGACGAGGCUGAACAGCGCCAGCCUGGGCGACGGCGCCAGCGUGGGUGGCCUGACGGGCCUGAGCCUCAGCGUGAGCGGCAGCCACAUGGAGCGCUGCGGUGUCGGCUCGGCCCAGCGCGACAACAUGAGCGACAACGCCAGCACCACCGCCCUUGCCGGCACCAGCAUCACUGGUAGCCUGUCGGGGAGCUGCUACAACAGGAUGGAGGUGCAGGCUGACGUCCAGAAGGAGCGCUGCAGUCUGAGCGGGGAGUCGGCCACCGUCAGCCUCGGCACCAUGAGCGACAACGCCAGCACCAAAGCGAUGGCGGGUUCCAUCCUCAGUGCUUACAUGCCUCUGGAAAGAGACAACAGUCUGGAAGUGCAAGCAGACGUGGAAUCCAAAGAGGAGAAGGUGCGACAUUGCAGCACCAGCAGCAGCCUGGAUGAAGCCAGAUGCAGUAGCAGUAGAUGGGCAACCGGCGGCGGCCCCCCCAAGGAUGCACCCGCCGCCGCCGCCUCCUCGGUGGGGGGCAAGAAGAGCAAAGGGAAGCUGUGGAAACGCGGAGGAGGAAAAGCAGAGUCCAAAGUCAACCACACGCACGGCGCCGCAGAGCGCUGCAGCACGAUCUCGUCCGAGUUGGACUCUCCGUCGCUGAGCGGCAGCCUGCCGUCGGUGGCCGACUCGCACUGCAGCCGCCUGUCUGCCGAGCUCAGCGAGUCGGAGACGCCUAGGGCGGGCGGGCAGGGUGACGCGCCGGCCGUCGCGCCGCUGCCCGAGGUGGAGAACGACCGCCUGGAGCAGCUCCCGCCUCAGCGGAGCCACGCCGCCGCCUUCCACUGCCUCACGUCUUCACCCAGCGAGGUUCUGUAUAUCACCGACACUCGUGACUGCACCACAACAGACAUCUAAAAAAGGGGGGGGGGGAAACAAACUCGCUCCUCACGAACCGUCUGUCUUAAGUCUCGAUUUUGGGAAACAGGAAAUGGAAUGUCAGCGUUGAGGGCGAAGGGUGAGAGGAGUCAAAGUGGUUUAUCCGAAGGUCAGCUUGAAUGUAUGUGUGCAGGUAAUGUGCACGCUCUUUAAAAGCAAGGGUGGAGAUGAAAGAAAAAAAAGACAAAAUGUCUGCCACUGUGCCACCCAUUCUUAUUGAGAGGGACCAUUUAGUAGCACAGUUCUAAGUCUAUACUUUUUUAACAUUUAUUAUAUGUGCAUAAGUGCUUUGUUGCUUAUUUUCCAUUUUGGGAAAGUUUUUAUUUUUUUUAAAUGUCGCAGCCUUGUGUCGGGUCUAAACCUUUCUUGAGUUUGAAUGUUAUUUGAAAGACAAUGAUAUUCCCAUUUAGACAAAGUCCACAAGGAAGCUAUGCAAAACAAAUAUAAAUAAAAUCAUGUCAUUGGAAGGACAUUCAGUUGCUUCUUAUUUCGCCAAAGUUCAGAUUUUUAGUCAAGUGUAGCAGUUGUACAACAGUUUUUCUCAUUUUUAAGUUGAAUUCUCCCUUGAAUAAUUUACAUUUUAUACAUUAUUUCCCUGUUUUAGCUCUUUUUAUCACAAACGAUGAAUGCAAAUAAGUGUUUGUUUGCCCCUUAGUGCCUUUUUGGGGAAAGCUUUGCAAGUUUUUUUGUCAUCAAAACGCAAGUCUCUCUGAAUGCUAACACAGGAGUGAUAUUUUCAUGAAAAUUUGGUUUAUUUACAGUAUAUCAUUUUUUUUUCCAUUUGGGGGGAAAGCAUAUAUUUAUUAAUCAUUGGCUUUGUAAUGUGCAUCCAAAUGCAUAUCUUUAAACAAUAAAAAUUCUCAAAUCAA